GACUUGUAGUUGAAUUUGUAUUGAAGUACAACAACAGUAUGAAGCUGGACCAUUGCGUUGUAUCACGAACUUGACGUUUCAAUAUACAUAAGUCCUGACAGACAUUUAGGAAUUUAGAUCUCGUGUUUGUAAAUCAAUUUAGCGAUGGCUGAGAAGUGUGGAUCAUCAAGCUCUUCACCGAACCUGAUAUGUCCAUUAUGUCUUGAUAUAUUUGUCGAGGCGACAAUCUUAACUUCAUGUGGACACACAUUUUGUAGGCGAUGCCUCAAGAAAUACGAUCUAACCCACCAGGACCUUGAUCACAUGGUCUGUCCUCUCUGCAGGGAGAUCACCGAGUUGUCCGCCAACCGUGUCGAUGAUCUCCGCCUCAAUGUCGCCAUCAACGGAUGCGUAGACGAUUUUCACGCCAAGUGCGGAGGGAUGAAUGCUGUCCUUGAGAUGUGCCAGAAAUGUACCGCUUGCAAGUCUCUGGAAGACGCUGUGUCAUUCUGCAGAACAUGUAAUUAUUACAUGUGUGAUGAGUGCUUACAUUGUCAUCGACAUCUUACAGUUGUCUUCGAAGGUCAUGAGAUUGUAUCCAUGGAUGAUGUCGUCGAAGGAAAGGUCAGCAUUGGUCAUUUAUUCGAGAAGUGUUCCAUCCACAAACAAGAAAACAAAGAUAUGUUUUGUGAGGAUUGUAAGGUCCAUGUCUGUCACAAGUGCAUACUCGUUGAUCAUCAAAAUCACAAAAUCAAGAACCAGGUUAACUUUGAGCAGGAGUUGCGACAGAAGGUGACAGACCUUGCUCAGCGAUGUGCCGACAAGAAAGCAGAGCUGGAGAAGAACAUUCAGAACAUAGAAAUACAACGUAAUGAGGUACACACUGCAGUGCAGACACUACUAGAUGAUGCCAGACAAGCCUACAGCAUCAAGGCCAAACAGCUGGAUGAAAAUCUUCGAAAUCUCACCGAGCAAAUAAAUGCCUUAGAACGUAGUUUUGAUGACGACCUCGACGUCUUGAAGUCAAAAUGUCGACAGAGGAUCAAGAGUAUUUGUAGUUCAAUUACUUUGGUAGAUAAUGACAGACUGGGUCAUCUUGAGACAGACACUCUAUCUGCUCAUAUCUUGCUCUGUGAGGAGCUGGAUACCAUGCUGAAGGAGGUUACUGAUCGCACUUCUGCGGAAGCUAUUAAGAAGAAAGCACAGGAGAAGAGGUUCAAACCAGCAGACGAUACUCGUCUUGACCUCGGGAGCAUCUCGGGAUCAGAUCACAAGAUGGAUGUCAUUCAGUGUGUUGAUCUACGGGAAGCGAUGCAAGGUAUGGCACGGCACUCCAAUAGCACUGUCGCUAUCGGGUAUGGGUGGAAUGCACAAGUUAUUGAUAUCAUUGAUUCAAAUGGUGGAAACCAGCGGUAUAGAAACACACCCUUUAGUGACAUGGAAUGUUAUGAUCUGGUUUUGCAACGGGACGGGUCGUUAUGCGUGUCCACUUGUUCUUAUACGGAAGCCUACAUCUACUCUCCCCUUGGCUCCAGGAAAGCAACAAUCCACGUGAGAGACAGUGGAUAUCUUCUCAAAGUUAACAGAAGUCCAUCAGAUGAAAUCAUCAUUACUAACUAUGGAAAACAAGUCUAUAUCUAUGACCCGUCAGGAUCCACUCUUAAACACACUGUUCAAACAAAGCACGAUACGUGGCAGGCAUCUACCACCAGGACGGGUUUGAUCGUCACGAGUCCAUGUUUGGACGAUCCAAGCGUUGUGACGGUCUAUGACAGGGAUGGGAAUGCUGGUGAGUCUCUACACGCUCCAGAGGAUGUCUACCUGUAUGCUGCCGUGGAUGAGAAGGACAGGGUGUAUGUAGCGAGUGUUGAUAAGAAGAAUAAUAGCGUCGUGAUCAGGCUCUAUGAUCUUGAUGGUCUGAACCUGAAGGAAAGAGUUGAGUUCAAUGCACUUGAUAUGACAUUGAAAUAUGGGUGGUGUUACUUGGUUUCCCUCUCCCCAGACAUGCUCGCCUUUGCUUGUCACAAGAAGUUAUAUUUCAUCAAGGUAUCACUGUAAUCCAGAUUGUCUCACACCAUAUGGUAUCACAGCCCAAUAUUGUGUAAUAUGUAUUCACCCAGCUAUCCUGUUUUACCUCCAUGGUUCCAUAUUCUAUUGUUUAUUCUAAUUUCACGAUAUCUUAUUCCAAUGGUAGGAUCCAUCAUGUGACAUUCGUAGGAAUACACAGACUAGUCACGCAUGCUAUAGAACUAUCAGUAAAAUUCCUUUAAAAAUGGGUUCUCCUGUCUGAAAAUAGUAAAAUCAGAAUAUAUAUUAUGAUGUACUCCAUAGUAUAAAAUGGCAAAACGCUGAAAAUUUCAUCAAAAUCUGAUAAAACAAACUAAUCAAUACGUAAGUUUAUCGAUGUUCUGUGAAAACAGCUCUAUUCAUGCAAUGACCAGUGAUAGGUGGGCUGAUGUCGUGUGGUCCUAACUUUCCCUUUUCUUAUUUCAUUAACGGACAUCACAAUGUAUGUGUGUAAAAUAUGUUUCAACAAUGAUGAUAUUACCGUCAAAGCAGUAACCAAUCUUAUAACAGUGUCACCAAAGUAACGCAAUGCUGAUAAAAUUUUCAGUUUUUUGUUUGUCACUCUCAGCCUGAGUACCCCUUCAUUACUGUAUUGAUCUAUAUUUUGUAAAUAAUUUUGGGUGUAUAUAUACAAAACAUGUUGGUGAGGAUUUUUAUACUGGACUGUGGAGAAAGUGCGAUUGGUUGGUUGUUAGUAAUCAACCAGUGAACCGACGGCUUAAGGUCCUCUCCGAGGGACCUGAUAAUAAUAUCGUAUAAAAGGGCACUAGCGCUCUGACUUGUCAUCUAACCCACUCCACCGGAUUGAGAGACCAACAUAGGCCAACGAUUUCAUGUAUGUGUGUUUGUAAGCAACCAUAUCCUUGAGUCAUAGCCAUGUAUCUGAUUCAAAUUUGUUUUGUUAAUAUUCUCGUAGUUAUCGUGUACAGUAAUGUACAGUAUAUGGACAUCAACAUAUUUCCUUAAAGCGUCGGAUAUUUAGUUCUCAUGUCUAUUUCAUCAAAUAAUAUGACUUCAUAAUUUAAUAGGUUGUUAGGCGCAACGAACUUUUCUAUUGAAUUUGAUCAUUAUAAUGCAUAUGAUGAUGACCCCUUGUUAUCUCCUACUAAUAAUGAAUAAUGCAAUGUGAAGGUGUAAUCACUUUGUAAAUACAAUGUGAACGUGUAAUCACUUUGUAAAAAAGCUCCAAAAUGACAUACUGCUGU